AUGGAACGUAAGUCAACUGAUUUUCUUAUAGAGAUACCUGGAAAACCUCCGUUGGCGAUUGCGGCGCCAUCCACUCUUGAAGAAUUGCACUUAUUAAUUUCUCAAUAUUCUUCUCAUCAAGAAAUUAACUUCACUCUUCUAUACAAGCAAAGUGAUAGCUGGCUUAAAAUCGCCAACCAAGAGAAUUAUGAAUUGCUAUCAUUUAUUAUAUAUAAUUUUCAAACUUACUUUUCACUAUAAAAUUUUUGCAGGCAGCAGAAUUUAUUUAAUGUCAAGUUCAAUGAAGGAAAAAGUAGAAAAGGCUUGCUAAAUUAUGCAAAGCAUAAUACUUGAUAGCGGUCAAAGUGAAAUUAGUGUUAAACUUGAAUUUAAUACUCUUUAUAAUAAACAAAUAUAGUGGUUGCCAGAUGAUGGCGCUCAAUGCGCCAUCAUCGGGCAAACCACUAUAUAUAACAAAUUUCUAAAGUUUUUCAUAAGCAUUCAUUAAUCGUAGUCCAUUUUCUUACCACUUUCUCAAGCUUUUUAUUAAGCAUGGCUCUAUUUUAAUUUAUCUCUGCCUCCCUUGGCGGCAGAUUUUACCUCUUAAAAGGACAUUUUCUCUGUAGAAAAUUCAUGACUGAUCUCUUGCAGAGGGCAAACAUAAAGCAACUGAAGCAGAAUAAACUUUUACUAAGAUUGAGAGUGAUGUGCAAAUUCCAAUCCACACACUCGAACAGCACUGUAAUUCACGCGCUAACUACAACAAUAAAAGAAGAGAGCUUCUGCGUUCUGAACCCGAAGGAUGAGAACCAUACGGUUAGCCCGAAAGUAGCCGAGCCGUUCGUAUGAUGAUAGCCUUAGGAGAGUUCUAUAAUUCUGAUCUAAAAUAUAAAUAUGAAGAUAGCAAUUUUAAACCUGAAUUUGCAACCAAGGAACCAUAAUUAAUUAAUGAAUUUAAUAACUUGCCUCAUCCGAAUAGAUCAGAAGAGUCAAAAGUCAAAACUUCUAACGAAACUAUAGCAAGUACCCUUUCGCCAUUAUCUCAACCUCAUGAAAAAUCUGAAGAAGCCUUGCUUAUUCAAUAUCGUUACUUAAAUAGUAUCAGUCCUGAAGAAUUUCAUAACUUAAGAAUUCCAGGUUUAGAUAUCACUUUAGAAGAUUUAUCAAAUUUAGUUUUGCAAUCAAAAAAUAAAAACCCAGAGGACUGGAUUUGCGCAUUUUAUAGCGAAGACGGAUGCCCUCUAUCUGGAAGUAUGUCUCAGAUGCCAUUUAUUAAAUGCAAUGAGUUAAUUUCGCAACCUUCCAAGCUUUGUGUACUAAUUGUUCCUAAUUUUGAUGUGAAAUCACUUCAAGCCAAAGAUCCUAAUGAAGGCAACGAUACCAUAAUUUUGCAGUCAAAUGCAGAUCCAACCAAAAAUUUCUCUGUAAAAGUAGAUUUGGCAACGACCACAAUCCAAGAACUUAAACAAAAAUUAUUUUCCUUACUCCCCCCCCCCCCUCCGUGAGCGAACAAAAAAAUUUUGUUCGCUCACGGAGGGGGGUUAAUUUUUUUUUUUUAAAAAAAAAAUUUAUAUAUAAAUUUUAUAAAAAAUAUUUUUUUUCGAAAUUUAAAAAAAUCCUAAUUUGCAAAAAUUGGGAAGCAAAUAUUAAUUUAAUUUGCAAAAUUUAUGUUUUAAAACGCAAUUUGUUUAAAAUUAAACAGAAUUAGCUCUAGAUUUCAUUAUACUAAUUAUCACUUAUAUAUCAAAAUUUUUUUCCAUUAAAAUUUUUUCUAUUAAAAAAAUUUUUGUUCACUCACGGAGGGUGGGUUUUUGGUCAAAAAAUGGCGAUUUUUCUAAUGGUUUUGUUCGCUCACGGAGAGGGGGGGGGGGAGUUAGCGAAAGCACCAACUUUUGAAGUCAAAUUUAAAUCAAAUGAUAUUUUCUUGACUAAUGAUGCGUUUACAUUGACAUCAUAUGCUAUAAAUAGUGGCCAAGUUAUCUUUUAUUGAAGAGAAAAAUAUGAUUACACUGAGAGAGCUUAUAAAUCUAUCAUUAAAAGGACAAUUGAGCAGACUAGUGAUGGAAUCAAGCUAUUCCAUUCAUUUUUAUACUGUUUUGCGAAUAUAAUAGGAACUAGUGAAAUACCCACUAAGGAAGCAUUUUUAGGGAUUUUGAGGCAGGCUUCUCAGAAUAAUACACCACUAAUGCAUGCUAUGUAUGAACUUAGUAUUGGAAAGCCAAUGAGCUUAUUAGACUCAAUUGCUCUAGAAGAAGGAUUCAUAUUCAUUUUAAAUUCUGUCAUAAAAGAACUAAAUCUAGUUGAUACAGUUCCAGAGGAUAAACUAUAUGAAAAUUGUUUAGAAAUAAUUGGAUUAUUAUGUGAUCUAGCGUGUAAACCAUCUGAAGAAUUUUCAAGAGACGAAACCUUUGUAGAAUAUGACACAGUCUGUCCAAUUUCUUAUGUUGAAAUAAAAAAUCCUGUCUGCUUGAGAAAAGUAGACGGAACUUAUGCGUAUUAUGAGGAAAACGCAGUCAUGAAAAAAGUCCUGAGACGUGCAGAAAUUCAAGGUGUUGGAAUAAUCAACAAAUCGCAAGUAAAAGUAAACAAAGACUUUGCUUAUUCUGUAAAAAGAGCUAUUUAUAAUGGAAAAUCAUCAGUGAUCCUCUGGACAGGGACUUUCGAUAAUAGAACUCCAUUUCCAAGCAUUUUAAGAGCUUCAUUUCCACAAGACCUUCCAUGAAAAAAGCUUCAGGCUGCCAAAACUAAAUAUAAACUCUCAAGAAUUGUCCCUGCUUUAUUCCUCAAAUCCACUGAAUUCCUGCACUGCAUCACCCUAGACAAGAAUAAAGAAAUUGUUGUAAACCGAGGCUUAUCACCUAAAGAGCCGAAUACAGUAAAUCUUAUGAAUGUUUUGACAAGAGAAGUAGCAAAGCAUGACAUUGACGAUAUGGCAAGUAUCAUAGAAAGGAUCAGCAAAAAUGAUCCCGCAGUUGAAAAAAUCACUAGAGCACCAGAUGAAACCAUAGUAGUUAUUUUUGAUAAAAGUGGCUCUAUGGUGUAUCCAUUUGGACCUGAAGGCGAAUAUUCAAGACUGGACGCAACUAAACAAUUUUUUGAAUCUUUUGCAGAUAGAACUGUGGGUUAUAACCUCAAUCAUGUUGUGUCUUUGAUUCUGUUUAACAAUAAGCUUGAAAAAGCUUGCUCUUUUACUGAAAAUAUUUCAACUUUUACAGCAGUUGCCCAUCAGUCUAAGCAUGCAGGUGGAACGAAGCUAUGGGAUGCCAUUUUUGAAGCAAUUCAAUCGCUUGUAAAUUUUAAAACGCAGUAUCCUGACACUCAGCUUAGAAUUUUAUGCUUGAGCGAUGGCGAAGAUACUUCAUCUGCGCAUGAUCACUUACUCCCUCUCUUUAAAUAUGAGCAAAACAUAGGUAAAUUUUUUUUAAUUUUUGGGUACUUUAACACACAUAUACAUAAAAUGGUGUGGCUGGCCAACCCAACCUCCUAGCACCUGUAGCUGGGAAGACCCAGGGACUUUGUGGACAGGAGUUUUAGCGUUCGGCAUGUGUAUCCGGCCAGGUUUUACUUGAUUUGGCGAAGCGUAAUGUCCGGGUGGCGGACCGCAAGCUCACAUCCAGGUUAAGGUUUUAACUCGAAGGAAGAUGGAGGAGUUGGAAAGAGCCAUCCAAGAAAUUCCCGUGAGAUUCCUCCUGGUCAAUUGGAAACGUUCCCAGCGUGAUGCAAGGCGUUGCGUCCUAGACAACGAAUUUUUCAUCUUGGCUGACCAGAAAAUUGCUUUCCGAAUUUUCUAAAAGCCAAAACUCGUUGGCAUACUCCGCGGUGAUCUAAUCUUUCAGACUGCCAGGAAGCAUGUGCAAGCCUAUAUCUGGUAGAAACAAGGUUUAAAGGCCAUAUUACGAUUGUCUGCAAAGCGGAUAUGUGGAGCGUUAUGGAAGGGAAUAAUGAUCUUCGGAUACUGACAGGAAGUUUCUCUAUAAUGAUCAAUUUUAUAUUUUUUAAAUUUAAAAAAAAACAUUUAUAUUAAAUUUUAUAAUACUGCUUAAACAGUUUUCAAAAUCUAUUGAUUAUUUGAUUUAAUUAUUCUUCAUAUAAAUAAAUUAGAAUUUAAUCUUUACUCAAUUUAUAUUUUUUUUAAAAAUUUAAAAAUAUUUUUUAUACUCAUUUUUUAUAAAAUUAGUUUUGAACUAAUUUAAUGGGAAAAGUGCUUGUAGAAUGCUAUUUAAACAUUUUCAACUGAAUCGUUUAAUUUUUUUUAAAAAUUAUCUUUAUAAAAUAAAUUAAAAUUCAAAGUAUCGUGCUCAAUUUAUAAUUUUUUAAAUUUAAUAUAUAUAAAAAAAAAAUUAACCCCCUUUAAAUUGGAACAGGAUUUUUUGUACCAAUUUAGAGGGGGAGUUAGAAGUAGGCAAGCUGCUGAUUUCAAAUAAUAUCGUUAUGGACAGCGUAGUUGUUGGAGACCUUUCACAAAAUUUGAAAGCCAUUUCAUAUGCAUCUGGCGGAUAUGUAUUUUUACCUACUGAUUUGCAAGAAGGGAUAAAGUUAUUUGAAAGUGAAACUUUGCUGUCAGUGAGAAAUAGAAAAUCAAUAGAGAAGGCAGUUGUUAAUACAGACCAAGAUCUUGAAUCGUUAAGAAAAAAAGAAUUCUCUGAUCAACAGCCAGCAAUGGCAGCUCCAGUUGAGAUUUCUAAAUCAGUAAUAAGUGCUGAGGAAGCCUUGAAAGUGGCUAUAGCUCAUUAUAAUAAUUACGAGAAACAAUUAUAUUGUUCUAUAAUUAUCUUAAUAAUGUAAAAAUGGAUAUAGCAUGAAAGGAAUUUUUUAUGCAUGGCCAAAUUCCGUAUACCAUAUAAAAUUUUAAAUUUUAUUUUAAAAAAAAAUAGAAAUGUAAGUGAAAAACUUCAAACAAACAAUAGUAUAUCUCCUCCUGUUUUAGAAGGAAAAGGAUCUGCGUCAUGCAUUAAGCGAAUAAUGAAAGAGCUGGAAAAUAUUUCUACGAACCCUCAUGAAAAUAUUAUUGUGCUGCCAACUGAAAGCGACAUCAUGUUCUGAAAUUUAUAUAUUGAAGGGCCAACUCAAACUCCAUUUGAAGGUGGCCUAUUUCAAGCAUAUAUAAGAUUCCCUCAAGAUUAUCCCUUUAAGCCUCCGACAAUGAGGUUUGUUACACCAAUAUAUCACUGCAAUAUAAAUUCAACUGGAAGAAUUUGCCAUUCUAUUCUGGAUCAGUUUUACUCGCCAGCAGUUACUAUAAGACAUAUAAUGGAUUGUGUUUAUGGGCUUCUGAUGACUCCAGAACCAAUGGAUCCUCUAGAUGCUUAUAUUGCAGCUGAAUAUAAUGAUAAUUAUGAAUUGUAUUUACUCCUCUUUAAAUUGAAACAAAAUAUGGUAAAAUUUCGAUUUUGGGGAUAAUUUAGAAUAAAUUUUAAUUUUACCUCCUAUAAAUUUUGUGUUAAUUUAAGGUUGGAGGGAGUUAGCAAAAUGUAGAGAGCAUGUCGAGCUGCAUGCCAGCAAGUCAUUUGAAGUAUUAACUGGAAUGCCAAAGCCUGCAGUCAGAGCUGGUAUGGAAGCUGAUGUUGAUCAUAGUGUCAAGGAACCACAAGAGAGUGAAGAAUUUAAACAUCCUUAA